GUUCCCCCUUACAAAACGGUAUCGUUGUUGUGUUGCGGACGGCCCGGUGUUUACGCUGGUUUUUGGUUUUCUCGUCUUGGCUGGGGUUUUUGCUUUAACAGUAUUGUCCUGGUCUCGUUAUGGUUGUUCGCGCAGCGGUAACAACGACGCAUCAUCACUCACACCGACCGAUUCAGCAUCUACAUCUGCUAGUUCUUUAAAUCUUUAAGUACGUACAACACGUCUCCUAAUAAGAAAACAGGAAAACAAAAGCAAGAGGGAAGAAAAAUGCCUCCCAAGACGACGAACAAGAAGAGUAAUAAGGCGGUGGCCCGCCGCGACCACUUUGACGAGGCCGCCAUCGACGCCCUCGUCAAGGCCAUUGAGGGCAAGGCGAAGAAAGGCACGACCAAGGUGCAGAGGAAACAGAAGGAUAGCAAAUCUAUCAUGACCGCCACCGAGGCGCAGAACCACAUGCUCGCGGAGCAGAUGCGCAACGCCUUCCUGGCCCAAAUGAAGGAGCAGGCGGCGAUGCCGGACCCGACGUACAUCAACGUCCCCGUGCCGCUGACGGAGGAGCAGAAGAACUGGCAGGAGGUGGCACCGAACAAGUACAUCCGCUACGAGCAGUUCCAGGGCAGCGACGAGGAGAUGAACUUCAUUGUGAAGCUCUUCACCGAGGAGCUCACCGAGCCCUACAGCAGCUUCACCUAUCAGUACUUCGUCUUUGGUUGGCCGGACCUGUGCAUUACGGCGUACGGCGUGGAGAGCGAGGCGAAGCCGGAGGCAAGCGUCACGGGCGAAAAGGUCGGCGCGGUGGUCUCCCGCGUGACUCGCAAGCGGGCCGGCAUGCCGCUGCGGGGCUACGUGGCGAUGUUCGCCGUGGUGCCGGCCUUCCGCGGCUUCCGCCUGGGUAGCCGCCUCGUCUCCCUCACGGUAGAAUUGAUGCGCAAGAAGGACUGUGAUGAGGUCUAUCUUGAGACACCGACGUCCAACGAUCGCGCACUGGGGCUAUACCUGAAUCUUGGCUUCGUCAAGACGAAGUUCCUCCCUCGCUACUACCUGGACCACUCCGAUGCGGUGCGCCUGAAGCUGUGGCUGAAGGAUGCGGUGCCGAAGAGCGUCGCUGAGGACAUGAAGGAGGAAGCGCAAGAGAAGGAGGAGUAG